GUGAUUGGAAGAAGCUGCAGGCUCCCUGUUGCGCACUUGGCGGAACGCACAACCAGAGCGCGGAGGCUCCACGCGUGGACUGAACCGAACAUGACCUCUCCACGCUGAUAUUUGCGCACAGCUUUGUGAAUGGAUUCUUAACGAUCCGCUUUAAUGAGAGGAGAUCAAUCGAGCCGCCUCGUCUGAGCGCACAGAGACUUUACGCAUCCCCGGAGCGCAGCGGGAAAGCCGAGGUUCUGCGUCCUCCUUACGUGUUUACCCUCCGUGUUUUCUGGGAGGAAUUUCUGGGCGUGGAGGCAGUUAUUAGAAAGACGGUCGGCUGCAGCGUUUGGACCUGUGAGCUGUCUCAGUCUGUCUGAGAGAGGCUCACCGGUGCCAUGAAGACCUGAGGCAGGGCGGCCCAUGUGCGUCCAUCUGCACACCGGAGAGCUGCAGACAUCUGUGUCGCGUGCGCACAUCUGCACCAACGCGCCGUGCUGUGUUUAAAGCACCGUGGAACGCCAAACAGCAUGGUCCAACCGUCACUGUGCUUCCUGGGGGGCCUUUUGGGCCUGUUUCUGAUGGCUCCUAUUGUGGUGGCUUCCACCCCAGCCAGUAUGUGCACACCCCUGAGGACACUCAACGACAGCCUCAGCCACAGGCGACGGUACAUGAAGCACUACUUCCCCAUCAAUUACUCCAUCCGAGUUCAUCAUGAGGAAAUCUUUAAACUGUCAAAUAUCAGUAAAAUGAAGUUAAAGGUGGAGGGGUUGGAUGAGCUGGUUCUCCAGAGGCUGUGGUUUCAAGUCAACCAGGGUGUCUUAAAAAAGAUCAUCCGGGUAUUGCCGGAGAGACAUCCGUCUCGUCCGUACACGGCAGAGUUGGAGAGGCGGUUCAGGGAUGCUGAGGGAGUCUUCGUUCAUUCGCAUCCUGCUGAGGUGUUCCAGCAGGAGCUCCCAGAGACGAUCCAAGACAUUUGGGAUCAGUUAACAGAGGAGCCCGAUAGGGUGCCGGAGUCCAGCUGGAGGUUUGCUUCUCCAAAAUCCCUGGUGGACAACUUGUGCCAUACCAUGUACUGCCUCUUCUGGGAGUGCUUUUCCAGCACAGAAGCUUCUCAGGACUACUGUGAAGUCUCUCAUUCAAAGAAAGGCAGAAAGACCCUGAACCAAAAAGUGGAGAUGGAGCCCACAGAGCCCACAGAGUGGUAAUUUCCCUCUUGAUGCUGCCCAGAGACUCCAAUGAUUAUCCCUCCUGAACUUCGGGGUUCACAGUAAAAAACCUAUUUCAACAAGUCAUUUCCAAAUGUACCAAACUGGGGCCAAGAUUGUGGUAUUGACUGAUAAAUAAACUUGGCAUGCCUCCACCGGCGAGAUCCGACAGAACAUAUUGGCACGGUGACGGUGCCUGUAAUUAAUUUAAGAGCGUAUGGACUUUCCAUGUGACUGAAAUACAGAGGGACAUUGAUAGGGACAUUGAGGACUUCAGCUGGGACGUCGGCUCUUCUUCCCGCCAGAGGACAUCUCUGGCUGAGGGUCUGGUCUGCGCCUGGUAACUCGUCUAUCAGAUGUGUUUAUGUUUUUAUAUAUGUUAAUAAUGAUGACCAAUGCUUUGUUUGCUGAGACGGGUUCUUUGAGAAGGAGCUUCUCAGUGAGAAGCUAACAGAAAGAGGCAGACUGUGUACCAUAGCCAAGUAUCCCAAUAUAUCGUUAUUUAAAAACAAAUGUUUUACAGCUGUGCUACAGGCCUGGAUUGCAUAAUCAAAAAAGCUCUCCAAAAACUGUGUUCAUUUUCAUUCACUGUUCCGUGUAUUUAUGUUGUUAUUUUUUUUUUAUAUGUGCAAAAAGGAAGAAAAAUGAACUUGGUCAACUGACGGCAUAUUUAUCUUCCUUCAUCUGAGCUCUGUGUUCAGUAUAAAUCUGUUUCAGUUUGUUUUUAUCAGGUAUACCAUGAUUUGAAAGGCUUUGUGGAGGAUGAUGAUGAUGAAAGAUGUAUAAUUGGCAACAGAGUUUUGUUUGAGGUUCUUGACUUUUUGAAAGCAAUCUGGACAGAUACCAAACGUGUGCCUUUGCAAAACAUGACAGGUGUUGAGAGUUUGGUCUCGAUGGGGAAAUUAGAGAAUCUUCCGACUGGGGUUUUACUACGAAAGACGCGCGUGUUCCCUGAAGUGCUUGGCCGUGCUUUCACAAUUCAUAAUCCGCACCAAAGAUAUGACGACGAAGAGCCAAGCGCACAAUGCCAUAAGGAUAAAGCCAGCAGAGAUACUGUCACUUCCUGAGCAGGACGGGGCAGAAAGUGUGAGAAACACCAUAAAUUCUCCAUUCAUCUGAUGGAGAACUAAACCACAGACUGCCCAAAGUAGUCGCUGUCAACUUCCCAGAAUUGGACAUCACAGGAAAAAUAAUUAUACCAGGGUUCCCACGGGUCCUUGAAAUCCUUGAAAGUUUGUGAAUCUGAAAAAAUAAAUUCAA